AUGUCAAAUGUUGGCUCAGAUCACACAACACAGAGCAACAAUAAUAAUGAAAUAGCGUCGAGUAGCCAAACAAUGGACUAUUUUCCGGUAUUAGAACUACCUACAACAGCCCCACUAAGUGCUGAUAUAUAUAGAUUUCGAGAAGACGAAAUUCUAGAAGAACAGUCGCAAUUUUCACAAGACUCGCAAUCGCACACAAGCACACAACAGCAAAAUACUCACAAGCAGCAUCAAAAGCUUCAACAAACACACAAGUCACCAUCAAUUGUCCGUAAUUUUCGUUGUACAUAUGAUCCAAUACUCGAUAGCAGUUCCACGAAAUCUAGUAAAGAGCCCAUAUAUCGAUACAGUGGAGAAACCCUACAGAAUGUACUUGCAUUAAUUCUUCAAUCCUCUUUAUUCAAACUUCAAUUAUUCGAUCAUGCUCCAAUAAUUCCUACAGAUCCACGAUUGGAACUUAAUAACUUUGGAUCGACACCCUUGCGACAGGUGUAUUUGACUGCUUUAGAACCCGUGGACUUCAUACCCGAUCUCCGUUUUGGUUCACCACAACCGGCCUCCGUCUUCGUUUCCAACAUUCCCCCAAUAACUACCGAUCGUCAAGUUGCUUCUAUCUUUUCCAACUACGGGGAUGAUGUUAGGGUAAAACUCGAAAUACACCCUGUUACUGGCGAAAGCUUGGGCCUCGCCACAGUGACCUACUACGGGGAAGAUGCGCGUGCUGCAGCGCGUCGGGCGGUAAAGGAAGGAAAUGGACGAAAGAUUGGAAAUGAAAGAGUUAAAGUUGAGUUUGAUCCUGAAGGUGUUACGUUAAAAGCGGCGUAUGAUGCAAUGAUCGCCCCUCUUGCAAAAUAUACCUCAGAAACCCAAAUAGGAGCUGCCACGCCAUCUUCAGCCAAUGACGAUAUGGAAAUAGGCGACGCUCCUACACCACCUUCACUCUCACCAGUGCCAAUACAACCCCCAGCUGCACCUCCCAUAGAACGUCCAACAGAUCCGCCGCCUCCACUCUCACUUGACACUUUAAGGAACAAAUUCGCCAAUGCAACUCAGGACAAUAUAAAUAAUCAUAGCCUCCAUAAAAGGUCAGGCGAAACAUAUCUCUCACCUAAUAGCACAAUUGGGCAUACCGUUUUGCGGCAAGGGACUUCACCUUCAAGAGAUAGCAAAUUACAUGGUAAAUCCGUGCUGAAAGAGACACAACAGACUAAUGCCAUAAGCCCAUCCGCGUCUACACAGAAUAUAAAAAGUAGCCAGAGAGACUUAUCCGAAGGCAAAGAAGAGGGCGAAAUCGAUUCUAGUUAUGACGAAGAAAGGAGAAGUCGGAGUUGGUACUCUUCCAAUGGAAGUAGUCAAAGUGAGAGUGGACGGACUGGGAGUCGAGAUGAUGAGAGACGGAGAGGAAGGGGUAGAGUACGCGAUAAAGAUAGGGACAAGGAUAGAGAUCGGGAUAGAGACCAGGAUAACUAUAAGGAUGGAAAGGAUCACAAACUUCGGCCAAGAACUGAUGACGAUGAAAAAAGACCCUACAUAACAAUUCCUUUCUCUUGUUUACCAUAUCCUAAAAUAAGGCUUGAAGACGUAAAGGGAUAUUUUGAAUCGUACGAUCCUGAAGAGAUUUAUUAUACGGACAAGUAUUGGUACAUAGCCUUUCGUAUGGAAUCUCAUGCUCGCCGUUGCAUGUCUGCCCUUGACGAUAAAUUACUCUUCGGCUAUCGUCUUGAGAUGACUUUUCACGAAGCCAAGAUUCCUGAUCAGUCAAUAUCAAAUCACACCACUGCUACUAACUCUUCCGCACCAAAUCAGAAAUCAUCAAUUAAUAUUGAGACGUCUCUCGAUGAACCAUUGGACAUUCCAGCAUUAAUUUACCGUUCAAGAAAGAUGGUCGAAACAGAGUUAGCGGACGUGUUUUUGAAAGAUGUGAAGAACCGAGUCGUGGUGCCUUAUAUUUACGACUUCCUGACUCCAAGGUUGCAGCAGCGACGACAGGCUAAGAUGUAUAAGAUUAAAUUGGUUAAUGAAGCCCGGUCUAUUGGCAAUAAUGAAGCGUCUCCAGGAGAAAGCAAAUUGAUAUUCAAGGACGGUAUGGUACCGACGAACAACGAGAAACUUCCAUCGUUCAAGAAACGUACUCGUACCGAAACGGAAUUAUCUUCCAAAACAUAUAUUAAGGAAGACAACCGAAAUGCAAUGCAACGAGGUCGCCCUCGGUCUAUUGAUUUCACUUCUUCGUCAUCGUCAGAUAAUGAUCAAUCACACAAACAUAAUCGCAAAACUAAAUAUACGACUUCUUCUUCCUCGUCAGAGGAGGGAGAAAUUCACUCGGACUCGUCUCUCUCCUCUCCAACUCAUCUAACUGUUCCAUCACCUCCAUUACCGUUGGCUACCACCCGCAUACAAAACAAACCAGAAAAACGUUUUCAUCCCCAACGUUUGCGUGAUUAUUUAUCUACAUCAUCUGAUGAUGACGACUUUCUUAAAGAUUUCCGCCGCCGCGAAAAUGAACGGGUCGUUAAUGGACUGGAAGUAGCUGAUGCUGAGUAUGAGAGUAACAAGAAUAAUGAUAUUGUUGACAUAAUUGCAAUCGAUGAAUUGGAAGAUGAUCAAAUUGAUCUUAAAAGAAAGGGAAGAAAAGCAGGAAAGGAAGAUAAAGAUAAAGCGCGUAAAAUAAGGAAUACAAGAAACAUUGAAUUUACUAGUAGUAGUGAAGAUGAAAGUGGGAGCGAUUAUCCGAAGCGAGAACGGAAGAAAGUGGUCAGACAACAGAGGCCAAAACAAAAAUCUCAGUCCAAGCAAACAAAACUCAAGUCAUCGACCCAAAAAAUGUCUACCGCAAGAUCUAAUCGCUCAUCAUCUUCCGAAAACGAAGCAAUAAAGGCUCCACCUCUAUCGGCUAGCUUUAACUCUCUUUCCAUCUCACAUUCACGGCGUCUUUGGAUACCUACGACAUCUCCACGUUCGCAUUCAUCUUCUCCGACAAAACCUCAUCCUAUGGAUGAAGUUACACCCGAUAUAUCAUCCUCGAGUUCGACGUCUGAUAUCGAUAUCAUAUCCUCUUCACAAAUUUCAAAAUCUCAAACCGAGCCACAUGAGAGUGCGGAGGAAGAGGAAAGCGACUGGGAGGUUACGCUGGAUGAAGAUUUCGACGUCGAAGCGGAGCAGCUGCCGGAUUUGGAAGAGGACGAGGUCGUCGAUGAGGAAGACUUGUAUUAUUUGAAGAUGGCGUUGGAGUUGGAGAAAGCGGGACGAGUCGAUGGGAAGGGAUUAUUGGAAGGAGUUGCUACGGUUUUCGACGGCGGCAAUUCAGUUACUACGUUCGUCGAUUACAUAACAACAAAGACGCCGUCUCCGCCUCCAUCCCCACAUGCAACUGGGUGUGCAAGAACAGAAGGCCGCUAUAUAAUUCCGCUGUCCCAAAAAAUGCGAUACGUCUCUCAUGUUGCUAACCGCACAAAUGUCUCAACACCCAAUAUCGCUGUCCCGUCAUCUACCAAUACAACCACUCGGAUAACCUCACGUACCAACCGUGCCAAGAAUCGAUUAAUUCUCGCAGACAUGGCCCAAUACCGCACUCCUGGUACCGCCGAUACAAAUGACAUUGUAAAAUUCAACCAACUCAAAGGACGUAAGAAACAAUUACGAUUUGCCAAGUCACAGAUACACGAUUGGGGCUUAUUCGCCAUGGAGCAUAUCGAUGCAAGUGAUAUGGUUAUCGAAUAUGUUGGAGAAGUGGUUAGACAAUCGGUGGCUGACCAUAGAGAAAGGAGAUAUGAACAGGAAGGUGUUGGCGGGUCGUAUUUGUUUAGGAUUGAUGAUGAUACUGUUAUUGAUGCGACUAAGAAGGGAAAUAUUGCGAGGUUUAUAAAUCAUUCGUGUUCGGAGUAG